AUGGCUACAGCUUCGCUGCUAAUGAGAAUAUUAGAUGAAUAUUUAUCUUCUGGCGGUAACCUCAAUAUUCCUUCCCUUUUAACUCGUUCACAACAACAACAACAACAACAACAACAUAUUCCAUCUGCUCGUUUCACCGUUCCCUUUCCAUCUCCUCUCUUCUCUCCUUCAGUUCUGCCACCACAAUUUUCAAACUCAUAUUCUAUUAUUCCGCCCAAAACUCUCUCAUUCGUGUAUCAGCCAGGUGUUAGAUUAUACGAUAAAAAAUUAGCUCUACAACAACAACAACAGCCGAAAGAUGAAGACUUCAGAAUAUCGCUACUCGAAUCACCAUCACAUUCCAUUGAAACAACAACAGGAGAUGUUGAUGAAAGAAUAAAUGUGCGAAAUGAAAGCGAAUUGAGUCCAGAAUUCAAACUCAACAGUACUGAUAAUGGUGUGAUGAGUACUCCUCCUGAUGACACAUUUCAAUCCGAUACCGAUCAUCGAUGGAAAAUUGCUUCCGCAUCCCCUCCAUCUCCAGUUUGUGUCCAAAAACAAUCAACAACGACAACUGCAUCAUCACAUCCAAACUAUUAUAAAUCAUGUUUAAGGCGUCAAAGUGAACAACAACAAAUUCCAUCUCUUCUCUUAUCUCACAUUUCACAAAACAUUCCUCGACAAAAAACAUCACCUCACCGUUCAUCAACAAUAGAUUCUGUGAGUCCAUCAUCUUCAAUUUUAACUCAACUUUCAACCACAUCUCAACUAUUUAUUGACGAUCAAGAAUUCAAUGAAACACCAUCAUCACCACCAAGCGUCAGAAAAUCAACAUUCACUAAACAAACAUCAAAUGAAAUUAUGCAUGAUAAUUCACUACAAUCUUGCUUGGUUAAUCUCGAUAGACAUAUUGAUUCUUCUUCAUCGGAGCAAAAACAUUCUCCACCUUCCAUUACAUUUUAUCCGACAUCAGAUACGUCCACUAAUUCGUCGACACACUACCACCAACAUCAUCACCACCAUCAUGUGCAAAUGUUUAAUAUUAAAAAUUCGAACAUAAAAAUAUCCACAGAAGAAAAUAAUUUACAAUCUGUAGUGAAUUUAAAUACACUGGUGUCGCAACAACAAACAACGACUCAACAAUCAUCAUCAAAUAAUAAUUAUGAAUGGAAUAAGCAAGAAAUGCAAACUGACAGAAAUGACUAUAGGAAUUAUCCAAACCAUUCUCGAAAUUCAAUGAGAAAACGCUUAAGCUAUAAUUUUGAUGAAAAAUGUUCACAACCUCAACAAUUUUGUUAUACUGCAAGUAAACGACAAAAACAUCAUCCAUAUGUAUCCAAUUACUCAAAUGGAAAAAAACUUCAAAAACAUUUAUCGUCACCAAUAUACAAUGAAAAUACCAGAAGUAAUGAUUCGUAUUAUUAUACACCUGAUAUUCUGUUAGAUAAUCGUGCUAAUAAUACUAAUACAAAACUUUUUAUAAAAGAUGAUAUAAAAAUAAAACAAUCAAAUGUUCAGUGUUUUUUCUCAAGUUCAAAAUAUAAUGUUUAUAAAAAUUUAACUUGCAUUUUAGCCGAACCCAAACCAUUGUUAUCGAUUUCACUACCGGAGAAUAAUCCACGUCAGAGAAGACUGAUUAAUACGGAAUCUGAUUCCGUAAUAACAAAAACAGAUGUUGUAUUGGCACAAGAAAGUAGUCCCAUUAUUGAAUCAGCUGUUGAAAUUUCUACCGUCACUAAUAGUAAAUGUGGCAAAGAUUUAUUAGAAACGGAAUUAAAUCGUCAAAAGGCAAAAUUAAUCUUCGUUGAAGAAAAGAAAAAACAACAGCAACAAUCACAGUAUCCUUUUUCGACGUCAAAUAAGAAAAAGGUUUUAAACAAAAAAGCUUCGACUAACCUGGUGAUAGACGAAACGAUCGGUAAACGUGUGAACAUGAGUAAUGAACGUGUCAUGAGAACAUCGACAACGAUGCCAUUAACAAAAUGUAGUGAUAAUGACAACAAAUUACAUAGUCGACUAAAACCAAAACAACAAAAAUCAUCUGCAACGACAACAGCAUUAUUGACAGCCAAAUCACUCAGAUCGUCGCCGACUCUUCAACCAUUAAUGGCCAUAAAAAACUUAUCAUCAGUCUCUCCUUCAACAUCAAGUGUUAGAAAACGUCCAUUGUCUACCACACAAUCACCAUCUGCUGAGCGUAAAAAGCUCUUUUUACGAGCUCGUGAGUCGGGUAACCAGUCACCACAACAAGGCUUAUUACUUUGUCCAAGACCACAAGAAGAUGCGAAUGAAAAUGAAUUGCCCAAGGAGAAAGGAGUUGUCAAACAGAAAAAACUGAGUACUGAUGUAAAAAUAAAACAGAAAAGAAAAUUGAAAAAAAAGAUAGUCGACAAACAACAAUCAGAUCAUGUAAAACAAAGUCAAGCUGACGAUGACACAUUGAGAUCAUCCGAUGUGUUGUCAUUAGAAUCGUCGAUGAUAUCGAACGAUGGAAGUUCACUCGAUAAUAUUCAGUCUUGUUCUGUCACAAUUCCACCAGAAGAAAGCUGGAUCGUUGAUUCUCGUAUAGAUGAUUCAGUUUAUGAUCCAAUUUUAUAUCAAGAAAUGAAAGCGACACAAAAGCAAUGGGAAAAAUACAUGAUGUUAACUAUGGAACAUGAACUUCAUUUAUCUGACCUAACAGCAGCCUUGUCUUCAUCUUCUAUGAAACAUCGACGAAAAAUCAACAAUGUUACUACAUCAAACGAUUCAGCACAGCAACAAUCACGAACAAAAGAAUUUUAUAAUGAAUAUGACCAAUUAUAUUCAUUUCCGGGCUUUGAACAUUGGCACCCUAAUUUUCAAUAUCAAUAA